AUGGAUAUUAAAAUACUAAAUGUAUUAGGAAUUAUUGGAUUUGAUGGCAUAACUAAACAUGGAUUACAACUUCAUCCUAAUAAUAAUCACCUAAUCUAUUCAAUGGGAAAUAAAGUUACUGUAAAAACAAUCGAGACAGGUGAACAAAUUUUCUUAUCUGGUCAUACUAAUGUCAUAACAACACUAUGCAUUUCUCCAUGUGGUAAAUACAUUGCUUCCGGACAACUUACUCACUUAGGAUUCAAGGCCAUGGUAAUUAUAUGGAACUAUGAAGAAAAAAAUAUGCGCGGUAGCUACGAAAUCCAUAAAGGCAAAAUUGAAGACAUCUGUUUUACGUGCAAAAGUAAUUAUCUAAUAAGUUUAGGCGGAAGAGAUGAUGGGAAGAUUAUUAUUUGGGACAUCGACAAAAAUAUGGCAAUAUGUGGAGCAUUUGCUAGUACUGAUAUAACAGGUAAUGCUGUGACACUUGCUCGAGCAAAUCUUCGCGAUCGAUGUUUCCUCACAGGUGGAGACGGAACUUUAAGGAUUUGGCAAAUAGAUCCUGAUGCACGGAAAGUUUAUGGGUCGUAUAUUAAAGUAGGAAAAAUACGUCGCUGUAUUAAUUGUAUUGCUAUUGAUGAUAAAGACCAGGAAGCUUAUUGGGGAACAUCUUCAGGAGAUAUUAUAAUGACUCGGUUGAACUACGACAGUGAUUUAAAUAAUUUAGAACCUUCAACAUCACCAGUAAUGGUGGGAUGUUACUCAAAAAUACCUGAAGAUCCGAAAAAAUUAAAGACGGGAGUUGGAAAUUUAUACUCUGGAGGUGUAACCCAGUUAAUUUUGUUACCAAACAAGAAAAUAAUUGUAGGCACUGGUAAUGGUACAAUUGAAUUGAUUGAAAUCGUUCCUAUUCCCGCCGGUGCGAUGGCUAAACAAUUAGUAAAAUUGCCGUGUACCCCACAAAUACGCACUUUAAAAAAAACAACCGUACGCGGUGCAGUGACAUCAAUUACUUGGUACGAAAAAAAUUCAUUCCUUGUGAGUACCUCAUGCUGUGAAAUUUAUGAAAUAAAUUCAACAAAUUUAAAAAGUAAUAUCAUUUUAACAUGUCACACUGACUCGGUAUAUGACGUUGCUUUUCCUCAUAAUUAUUCAGAAAUAUUUGCUACUGGAAGUAAAAAUGACAUACGACUGUGGCAAUUGGAAUCCCAAAAAGAAUUAUUGAGAAUUACUGUACCCAAUUUUGUAUGUACCAGUCUUUGUUUUUUUUAUAAUGGUAAACUUAUUUUAUCAGCUUGGAACGAUGGAAUUAUUAGAGCAUUUAAACCACAAACUGGUAAUUUGUAUUUUGCAAUUGAAAAUGCACAUAUAAAAGCUGUUUCAGCUAUUGGUAUAACUAGAGACGGAAAGACUUUAAUAACUGGUGGCUGUGAUGGACAGGUACGAGUGUGGCAAUUAUUCAAAGAUGUUCAAAGAUUAAAAGCAAUUUUGAAGGAACACCGAGGCCCUAUUACUUCAUUGCAUGUUUCUCACAAUGACGAAGAAGUAAUAAGCUCAAGUACUGAUGGGACAUGUGUCAUCUGGGAUAUAAUAGAUUGUUCAAGAAAACAAGUAAUCAUGGGUAAUACAAUGUUCAUGUCAGCAAAAUUCCACCCCAAUGGCCUGCAAGUUCUUACCUGUGGCACGGAUCGCAAAGUCGGCUACUGGGAGACAUUGGACGGUACCAUAGUCCGUGAAGUUGAAGGGUCAACGAUUGCUUCGAUAAACUGCAUAGAUAUCAGUCCGGAUGGAGCUUAUUUUGUAACGGGUGGCAAUGAUUGUUUAGUUAAAUUUUGGGAGUAUAUUACCGGUGACAUCACUCACGUUGGAACAGGUCACGCAGCCGUCAUAACAGCAUGUAGGUUCAGUUCUAACAGCAUGAAUGUCGUGACUACAAGCGCUGAUGGUGCUGUUAUCAUCUGGAAAAAUCCUUUUGACGAUUCCGCGGACUCCAGAAGUGUCAAAAGUGAUUCUAAGAAAUCUAGAAGCAGCCAUGAAGGCUCGAUUUCUCGGCAAAGUUAUCCGCGAGAAGAAAAUGUGGGAAAUAUAAGCCGCAGAUCUGUAUCUUCUAUUGAUAGUCAAAAAGGCAAUGGAUCGUGUCAAUACGAUCCAAUUCAACCAGCCAAAGACAAUUGUCAGUGUAAGGGUGAUCAAGAAGCACCAAGUAGUCGAACUGAGAAGAACAUUCCUUCGAAAUUAGAAAAUUCUAAAAUUGUUUCUCAUAAAAAAAUUGAACAAGCUUCAGCACGAAAUUCUGUUAAGUCUUUUAAGAAUUGUUGCCAUGGUAAAGACAGCAAAGAAAAAUUAUCGUCAACACGAACAGACAGUGUACAAAGUAUUUUACAAGAUGGAUAUUCUCAGGCUUCAGAAACUAAUCAGCGAAAUUCAAUUAAUAAAAAUCUAGUCUUUGUAAAAUCUGGAAAAAAAUGA